AAGGUUCAACAUGUUGAAAAACACUCUAUGUUAUUUAAAAUUUAGCUACUUUGGGCCAUUGAUAUGUUCUUUACCAGCUUUAGCGACGAUAAUUACAGUUGUAUAUUCACUUUUGUUUGAUUUAGAUGGUUCUACAAGGACGCAUUGUGGAGUACCUAACUUCCUGCCUACUGUAAGUGCCUGCAUCAGUCGCCGUCCACAAUGUUAUAUCUGGCGGAUUCUGAUAGCCCUCCAUGCAGCCCCAAGGUUUUUGUUUGCACCAGCUUGGUACAGCUACCAUAGUCAGGUUUAUGUUGCAAAAGGCCAUGAUCUUUACACUUUUCUUACGAAGGCAGCUAUAUUCUUCUACAUUGUCGAAAACUUCAUGUUGGUUGUCUUGUCAUGCGUGUCUUCAACAGAAAAUCGAGCAAUCCAUGAGAACAGCUUUAUUAUAUUCAUCGUCUGUUCCUGGCUCUUCAUGCUUACCACCCUGUAUCUGUGUAAAAUGGCGGCCAGAAAGGAUCUUCAGGAUCAAAAAUCCUACCGUCUGAAGAAGAUAUUUGCUUUUUUCAACCUUGCGUGUUUCUCUUUCGCCACAUACCUAUACUUUAGACACAAUAGUUACUGUGAACCGUACGUGUACAGCGCCUUUGCCCUUUUUGAGUACUUGACGAUCUUUACAAACAUCUUCUUCCAUGGUACGCUGACAAUUGACAUUCGAGAAUAUGCGGCGGGCAUGGUUCGUACAGAUCUCAUCUUGAAACAGCGAUAAGACCAUAAUACCUAGUAAUUUCUGUGAUAUGAAGAGCUGACAACAAAAAUGUGUGAAAAAAGAAAGCUGAUCACAAUUUUUAUUUAGAGCUUUUAUUAUGAUUCAGUCAUUUUAUGAAUACACACAAUAAAUAUUCUUUUUUUAUAUUUUUAAACUUUAACACUCUUUUGUUUACAUUGUGUUUUAAGUUUCAUAGUUUUUUUGAUAGAUCAUUCUAUAUGUACAUGUACAACUCACCUGAACAGUCUUUCUGAACAAAUAUUUCUUGUCGUAAACAAAGUUGCAUUCAAGAAAUCAAACCGUAUAUUGUGCUUGUUUUUAUCUUGUUUAAGAGGUGUAUAAUGAAUUUGUAUAAUUAUAUCAGUUAUGGAAUAGCUCAAGAAAUUUUCACCAUCAUUUGUCAUCAGCUCUAUUUGAUACAUUCGAAGUCCAUAUCAACCAAAUUUUGUUAACAUUAAUAGUUUUAAUAGAGAAUAGCCCACAAAAAGUUAAUGGGCUAAAACAGAGGAUGUUUUUUUUUCAGUAUAAGAUAACAAUAUAUCUUCCAUUGAGUACGCACUUAAAGCUGAGCUCAUGAUACAAGUGAAAUAUUAAAUGUUUGUGUUCUUGUAGUGAUAUACAUUGCAAACUUACGCUGAAGCUUUUUUUCUCUUUUUUUCACACGAAUGAUUCGUAAAAAUUAAUAAUUAGUUGUAUAAUAGUCGCUAAUUUUAUUCAAGUCAUCCAAUUUUAUGUCCCAACACCAUGUGCCUUAACACUCAUUUUUUUUUGACAGUGAAACUGUCUUAUAUGAGAGAAACUGAGUGAUUUGAGUAUGCUAGUGAAAUUAUAUUUCAAUAGACCCAUGGUUUCAAAUGGUGAGUGUAUCAGGAUAUAAUUCAUUAUUUUUUCAAUCAACCAUCAAAAAGCAUGAAAUAAAAUUAUGUAUUAUAAGCAUGAGCUACUGACAGCUUUGUUUAAUAGAACAGAACAGAAUUUAUGAAGAGUAUGAUAGUGAUAGCAACACCUUGAAUUGCAUAUUGAUACAUGUAGGUGUUGUGAAAAACUCUCAGUUAAUUGGAAAUAUGUUAUGAGACUCAGAUACAGAUUAUAGAAAGAGCUCUUCUGAGAAUUCAGGCUUAACAAAAAUAAAUUGUUUCACUUUUUCUGACCUACAUGUACAUAAAAAUUGCAGCUGACACUUAUUUUUGUUUUAUUUCAGUAUUUUUUUUGUACAGAAAAGACAUGUUAAUGUACUCAGACAAAAUGGGAAUUGGUUUCAAGGUUAGAAAGACACAAUUUUAUUAAAAGCAGUAAAAAAUAUCCUGACCUACCCUAUCUUUCCUAUAUUUUAAUUUUUUUUUUUUUAUUUCAUGUUGUAAGAAUAUAUAAGGUGGACUUGAUAGUGACUAACGAAUAUUUCACACUAUUUUUCUUUCUUGUAUAUUAAGGUAUAAUGGAGAAAUUUAGAAGAAAAAAUGAACUAUUAUCUUAUUAUGGUAAGAAUGUUCUUGAUCAACUACCAUAAGUUAAGAAUAUGUUAUGUUUUUUGUUAUAUAUUUUUAGUUUAAGUUUUAAUGUUAAUGUUUAAGAUGUUAUUUUUGUAUUUACAUUCUUAAAACACUGAAGUUUACCGCAUUUAUAAAAUUGCUUUCUGAGCUUGCUCAAAUUCUGGAUUUCAUAUAGCCGGCUUGUUAUUUUAUUUUUUAAGCCAAGUACAAGUGUAAGAAUUCAGGCCUGUUCAUCCAGAAGUUGAAGACAGUAGUAUCAAUUUAUAUUCAUGUUCAAUUUUUGGAAUGUCUUCAAACUUGGUAUGCACUUUGAUCAUGGUCAAUAGAUGAACCCUAUUCAUUUGGGGGUCAAAGGUCAUGGAGACAUUUGAUAAACAUAAAUAAAUAGUCACUUUGUUUCCGAUCAAUAACUUCUAAAUGACUUUGUGAAGAUUCUUUAGACUAGUAGUGCACAUUGGUCAUGGUCAUUAGGUGAUCCCCGUUGAUUUAGGGUUAUUAGGUCAAAGGUGAAGGUCAUAGUGACCUUUACUAGAUUAAUUAUUGGGUUUUUCGAUUUGUAUAUUAUUCCUGUAGUUGGAUAAUAAGUGAGUGUCAAAAAUGGAAUUAAGAUUUAAGCUUGUUCUAGUGUUUAUUCUAGUCUUCUGAUUUGCUUCAAAAUAUAUAACAUGUCAAUAUAGAAAAGACAUUUUCAAAAAUCGAACAUAUGAUGCAUUGGUUGAUAAGGUGGUUGCUAUUGCUGUCUUUUUACACUCAUGCGUAAUAUGCUUAAGGUUUUAUCAUUCACCAUGACAUAAUCCAUGUCACCAACUAAAAAACUAUCAAUAAUUGUACCGGUAAUGUCAUUCAUUACAGGUAACUCUUAGUGCCUUUUCAUUGCAUCUGCUUCAUCCAAAUUUCAAGUCUGUCUUAAUGAACAAAAACACCCUUUAAUGUCAUCAUCUAUAAAUGUAUUCAACUUAUGCAAAUAAUUGUUGCCGAGUUAAGAGAUUACAGGUUAUCAUGCAAUAACCGCUAUGCAUUUCAUUAUGUAUUUUAUGACCUUAAUGUUGGAGUGUAACAUCACUCACCUCUGCACAAUGUGCUCAUGGCGAGCUUUUUCUGAUCGCCCUUUGUUUUCAGUUAUUUAUAUUCAACAAUUUUGUUAUUCUCUCUAAUAAUGUCAGAUUUUCUACAUUAAUCUUCAUGAAAUUUGGUCGGAAAGAUUUAUAGAUUAUUAAUAUCUAUAUCAGGGUGGUUUGGCCACAAUUUUCUUUGGUGUCAUGUCAGUUAUGCAAUAUUUCUGAUGCAUUUAUGUUUUAAUUCUGAUACUUACUGUAUUAUUAUAGUAUACCAUUCCUCUGUGCUUUACAAUAUGAGAAUAAUCGGAUGAUAUAUAAUGCAAUAUAGCUUUUACAAGCCUUCCUGUUAAAGCUGCACUUUCACAGAUAGACAGUUUUGCCACUUAAAAAAAGAAGUGUCUCAGAAUCAGCUGUUUUUUGCAUCAAUGCCUUCAAUUCAAUCAUGUAAGAUACCUCACAAUAGAACAGAUAUCAAUUGUUUGGAGAACUGCAGAAAAUUUCAUUUUUCUUAAUGCAUUAGUAAUGCCAUUUGUAAUGAAAAAUAAUUUUCGAACACAAAUUUGAAAAACUGUGAUCUGAUCUUUUGUCAGCAGUCAUAUAUCACUGGUUUCAACACAUUUACAAAAAAAUGGCUAAUUCCAAGACAAUAAAUAAAAACAGUUGUCAAAAUGGUCAAUCUGUGAAACUGCAGCUUUAAGAGUUAUAAUAAUAACUAAUAUCAGUAAUGUAAUAUUUCUGAUGUAUUUAUGUUUUAAUUCUUGUAGUUGUAGUAUACCUUUGUGCUUUACAAUAUGCAAAUAAUCGGGUAAUAGACAAUGCAAUAUAGCUUUUACCAGCCUUCCUGUUUUGUGCUUAUUUACAUACAUUGUAAAACAUUGAUGCUUUUUAAGUUUUUAAUUCUGCUCUACAUUUAUAUCAGUGUUUCAAGAGAUACCAAGAACUAUCACAUGUUUAGUGAUUAUGAAAUUAUGCAAAAUCACUGCUGAUUUUUAUGUUGUAAUUUUUUCUAUGUCUCGAUGUGCUUUGCUGUGUUUAUUUUGUGGUUGGAUGUCAUUUUUUGUAUGAAUUUGAUAGGAAAAAAAAUAUGCAAUAUAAUUUUAUAUACAUAUAAUCACUCCUGCAUUUUAAGGUCCCUUGUCUACAAACUCUUCAUCAUCGAGUAUGGAAACAUUCAUAGAUUAGUUAUAAAUAUAUAUAUUUUCAAAGUAUAUUUUAAGUUAUUGAAUGAUAAGCAUUGAAAUGUUUUUUUGUAUCAUAAAUGACUUCAUCAGCAUGAAAUAACUUUAAUAUUAUACAUUUUUGAUAUAAUUUAUAACUAGAGUAAUAACUGUUAUAAAUUUAAUGCAUUUGUGAUAUAGAUAAGUUUUAUGAAUUAAGCGCAAUAAAUAAUCAAAUUUGUAUUCAUGAUAUUAAUAAAAUAUUAAAGUUAAGUGGUCAUUCAAUGCGAAAUUUAUUAAACUUGUUUAUUAAUUCCACUCCUUUAAUAUAAUGAUUAGAAGCAUUCAAAAGGUGUUGUUAUUGUUGUUAUUUCUUUCUUUCAUUUGUUAAUAAAUUUUCUAGUCAGCAUAGAAAACGUUGCUUUAAUGAAUUGUAGGAAAUAAUAAGUCAUGAUUUUUUUAGCUCACCUGUCACGUAGUGACAAGGUGAGUUUUUGUGAUCACUCUUCGUCCGUCGUCCGUCCGUCCGUCCGUCCGUCCGUCCGUUCACAAUUGCUUGUGAACACAAUAGAGGUCACAAUUUUGACCUAAUCUUUAUGAAACUUAGUCAGACUGAUCAUCUCUAUAAAAUCUAGGUCAAGUUCGAUAUUGGGUCAUCUGGGGUCAAAAACUAGGUCACUAGGUCAAUUAGUAGAAAAACCUUGUGAACACAAUAGAGGUCACAAUUUUAGCCUAAUCUCAAUGCAACUUGGUCAGAAUGGUCAUCUCUAUAAAAUCUAGGUCAAGUUCGAUAUUGGGUCAUCCGCGGUCAAUAAUUAGGUCACUAGGUCAAUUAGUAGAAAAACCUUGUGAACACAAUAGAGGUCACAAUUUUAGCCUAAUCUCAACGCAACUUGGUCAGAAUGAUCAUCUCUAUAAAAUGUAGGUCAAGUUCGAUAUUGGGUCAUCCGCGGUCAACAACUAGGUCACUAGGUCAAUUAGUACAAAAACCUUGUGAACACAAUAGAGGUCACAAUUUUAGCCUAAUCUCAAUGCAAAUUGGUCAGAAUAAUCAUCUCUAUAAAAUCUAGGUCAAGUUCGAUAUUGGGUCAUCCGCAGUCAAUAACUAGGUCACUAGGUCAAUUAUUAGAAAAACCUUGUGAACACAACAGAGGUCACAAUUUUGACCUAAUCUUUAUGAAACUUGGUCAGACUGAUCAUCUCUAUGAAAUCUAGGUCAAGUUCGAUAUUGGGUCAUCUGGGGUCAAAAACUAGGUCAGUAGGUCAAUUAGUAGAAAUACCUUGUGAACACAUUAGAGGUCACAAUUUUAGCCUAAUCUCAAUGCAACUUGGUCAGAAUGAUCAUCUCUAUAAAAUCUAGGUCAAGUUCGAUAUUGGGUCAUCCGCAGUCAAUAACUAGGUCACUAGGUCAAUUAGUAGAAAAACCUUGUGAACACAAUAGAGGUCACAAUUUUAGCCUAAUCUCAAUGCAAAUUGGUCAGAAUGAUCAUCGCUGUAAAAUGUAGGUCAAGUUUGAUAUUGGGUCAUUCACGGUCAAUAACUAGGUCACUAGGUCAAUUAGUACAAAAACCUUGUGAACACAAUAGAGGUCACAAUUUUAGCCUAAUCUCAAUGCAACUUGGUCAGAAUGAUCAUCUCUAUAAAAUCUAGGUCAAGUUCGAUAUUGGGUCAUCCGCGGUCAAUAACUAGGUCACUAGGUCAAUUAGUACAAAAACCUUGUGAACAAAAUAGAGAUCACAAUUUUAGGCUAAUCUUAAUGCAACUUGGUCAGAAUGAUCAUCUCUAUAAAAUCUGGGUCAGGUUCGAUAUUGGGUCAUACGCAGUCAAUAACUAGGUCACUAGGUCAAUUAUUAGAAAAACCUUGUGAACAAAAUAGAGGUCACAAUUUUAGCCUUAUCUUAAUGAAACUUGGUCAGAAUGAUCAUCUUAACAUAUGCUAGGUCAAGUUCCAUAUUGGGUCAACCCAGGUCAAAAACUAGGUCACUAGGUCAAUUAGUAGAAAAACCUUGUGAACACAAUAGAGGUCACAAUUUUAGCCAAAUCUCAAUGCAACUUGGUCAGAAUGAUCAUCUCUAUAAAAUGUAGGUCAAGUUCGAUAUUGGGUCAUCCGCGGUCAACAACUAGGUCACUAGGUCAAUUAGUACAAAAACCUUGUGAACACAUAGAGGUCACAAUUUUAGCCUAAUCUCAAUGCAAGUUGGUCAGAAUAAUCAUCUCUAUAAAAUCUAGGUCAAGUUCGAUAUUGGGUCAUCCGCAGUCAAUAACUAGGUCACUAGGUCAAUUAUUAGAAAAACCUUGUGAACACAACAGAGGUCACAAUUUUGACCUAAUCUUUAUGAAACUUGGUCAGACUGAUCAUCUCUAUGAAAUCUAGGUCAAGUGCGAUAUUGGGUCAUCUGGGGUCAAAAACUAGGUCAGUAGGUCAAUUAGUAGAAAUACUUUGUGAACACAUUAGAGGUCACAAUUUUAGCCUAAUCUCAAUGCAACUUGGUCAGAAUGAUCAUCUCUAUAAAAUUUAGGUCAAGUUCGAUAUUGGGUCAUCCGCGGUCAAUAACUAGGUCACUAGGUCAAUUAGUAGAAAAACCUUGUGAACACAAUAGAGGUCACAAUUUUAGCCUAAUCUCAAUGCAUCUUAGUCAGAAUGAUCAUCGCUAUAAAAUGUAGGUCAAGUUUGAUAUUGGGUCAUUCACGGUCAAUAACUAGGUCACUAGGUCAAUUAGUACAAAA